UUUCAUCCCACUUCAUCAACGCACAUAAGUUUUCUCUUCUUUUUGGACCCGUUUUUUUGUACCACAAUGCAGCAAGCUUUAGAACUAGCUUUGGAUCGUGCAGAGUAUGUCAUUGAAAGUGCCCGACAGAGACCUCCUAAAAGGAAGUACCUAUCUAGUGGAAGAAAAUCUGUAUUUCAAAAACUUUAUGACUUAUAUAUUGAAGAAUGUGAAAAAGAGCCUGAGGUUAAGAAAUUAAGAAGAAAUGUGAACUUGUUGGAAAAGCUUGUUAUGCAAGAGACAUUGUCAUGUUUAGUGGUCAACCUAUACCCAGGAAAUGAGGGAUAUUCUCUGAUGCUCAGGGGAAAAAAUGGAUCAGAUUCUGAGACCAUUCGACUGCCUUAUGAAGAAGGAGAAUUGCUUGAAUAUUUGGAUGCAGAAGAAUUACCUCCUAUUUUGGUUGAUCUCCUAGAAAAAUCUCAGGUUAAUAUUUUUCAUUGUGGAUGUGUCAUAGCAGAAAUACGUGACUACAGGCAAUCCAGUAAUAUGAAAUCUCCUGGUUACCAAAGUAGGCACAUUCUUUUACGUCCAACAAUGCAGACUUUAAUCUGUGAUGUACAUUCAAUUACAAGUGAUAACCAUAAGUGGACCCAGGAAGACAAACUUUUGCUUGAGAGCCAACUGAUCCUGGCAACAGCUGAACCACUAUGUCUUGAUCCUUCUAUAGCUGUAACCUGCACUGCAAACAGACUGCUCUAUAACAAGCAAAAGAUGAACACGCGCCCAAUGAAACGGUGUUUCAAGAGGUAUUCCAGGUCCUCUCUGAAUCGACAGCAGGAUCUGUCUCAUUGUCCACCUCCUCCUCAGCUAAAGUUACUUGAUUUCUUACAAAAAAGAAAGGAAAGAAAAGCAGGUCAGCAUUAUGACCUCAAAAUUUCUAAAGCAGGAAAUUGUGUAGAUAUGUGGAAACAGAGUCCUUGUAAUUUGGCCAUACCUUCAGAAGUGGAUGUGGAGAAAUAUGCUAAAGUGGAAAAGUCUAUCAAAUCUGAUGACUCACAACCAACAGUCUGGCCAGCCCAUGAUGUAAAAGAUGAUUAUGUAUUUGAAUGUGAAGCUGGUAAUCAGUAUCAGAAAACAAAGCUGACCAUUUUACAGUCACUUGGUGAUCCACUUUACUAUGGUAAAAUACAGCCAUGUAAAGAAGAUGAAGAAAGUGACAGCCAGAUGUCUCCAUCCCACUCCUCCACAGAUGAUCAUUCAAAUUGGUUCGUUAUUGGAUCAAAGACUGAUGCGGAGAGGGUAGUCAAUCAGUACCAGGAAUUGGUCCAGAAUGAAGCCAAAUGCCCAGUCAAGAUGUCACACAGCUCCAGUGGCUCAGCCAGCUUGAGUCAGCUUUCUCCAGGGAAAGAAACAGAACAGCCUGAGACUGUGUCAGUUCAGUCUUCAGUAUUGGGGAAGGGAGUAAAACAUCGACCUCCACCCAUCAAACUUCCCUCGAGCUCAGGAAAUAGUUCCUCAGGUAACUAUUUUACGCCACAGCAGGCCAGCAGCUUUCUUAAAUCUCCAACUCCUCCUCCUGCUUCUAAGCCACCAAGUCUUUCUCGGAAGUCAUCUGUGGAUCUCAAUCAAGUUAGCAUGCUUUCUCCAGCUGCCCUGUCACCAGCCAGCUCAUCACAAAGAUCUGGAACUCCUAAGCCAUCUACUCCUACACCAACCCCUUCAUCGACCCCACACCCUCCUGAUGCUAAGAGCUCAACUCCUAUUACCCCUUCAGCCACCCCUACUCCCCAAGAUUCAGGCUUCACCCCUCAGCCCACUUUGUUAACUCAGUUUGCUCAGCAGCAAAGGUCUCUGAGCCAGGCAAUGCCUGUAACAACCAUUCCUCUUUCCACCAUGGUAACAUCUAUAACUACAGGAACCACGGCCACCCAGGUCAUGGCAAACUCUGCUGGACUUAACUUCAUCAAUGUAGUGGGCUCUGUUUGUGGAGCUCAGGCUUUGAUGAGUGGUUCAAACCCUAUGCUGGGCUGUAACACUGGUGCCAUAACUCCUGCAGGAAUAAACCUGAGUGGCCUUCUACCCUCAGGAAGUCUGCUACCAAAUGCAUUGCCCGGUGCAAUGCAGGCAGCUUCUCAAGCAGGUGUUCCAUUUGGUUUAAAAAAUACUUCAAGUCUCAGGCCCUUAAAUCUACUCCAGCUUCCAGGUGGUUCGCUCAUUUUUAACACUCUGCAGCAGCAGCAACAACAGCUCUCUCAGUUUACACCACAACAACCUCAGCAACCCACAACUUCUAGUCCUCAACAGCCAGGGGAGCAGGGUUCUGAACAAGGUUCAACUAGCCAAGAACAGGCCUUAUCUGCUCAGCACGCUGCUGUUAUUAACCUUGCUGGAGUAGGAAGUUUUAUGCAGUCACAGGCAGCUGUGUUGUCUCAGCUUGGCUCUGCCGAGAACAGACCUGAGCAAAGCCUUCCUCAGCAGAGAUUCCAGCUCUCCUCUGCCUUUCAACAGCAGCAGCAACAGAUACAACAGUUGCGAUUCUUGCAGCAUCAAAUGGCUAUGGCAGCAGCAGCAGCACAAACAGCUCAGCUACAUCGGCAUCGGCAUACAGGCAGCCAGUCAAAAAGUAAAAUGAAGAGAGGCACGCCAACCACUCCAAAAUCCUGAGUCUUGCAUUAAUUUUUUUCUCUUUUUUAAAAACAUAAGAGCAUUGAAUCAAAAGGAUUCUGAGUUUCUCCUUCAUUUUUGUUUUUUUUUAAAUGUGUCAGUAUUUUACAUUGCUAGAUGUACAAACUUUAUACAGAAGCACAACCCUAUGAUUUUUAAAUAAAAACAGGGAAAUGGUUUCAUGAACCAUUAGGGUUGGCUUGUCUAAGUCAUUGCUUUUUAAAAACGGUUUCACUGUAUAUAAUACAUAUGGAAGUGACCUAAGAAACACUAGAAACAUCUUUCAAAAGAAUGUAGUUUGAUAUUUAUUUAGUAUAAAAGGUUUGUGCACAGUGUAACAAAUACAGUUUUUACAAGUCUGUUUUGAAAA